AUGAACUCGCUAACGGCGGUCACCAAAGCUGUUAUUGAUGCAAGUCCUUGGGAGCAGGAUCCGAAAUGCUGCCCGGUAUCGUGGCGAUCCGAAGCCUUCGAAGAUGCGGGUUCAAGACCGCUGGUAAUUGCCAUCAUGCGUGACGAUGGGGUCGUGAAAUGUCAUCCACCUAUCACCCGCGUACUGAAUGAAGUCGCCAUGAAGCUCGAAGAGGCUGGGCAUGAAAUGAUAACGUGGAACCCAGGUACCCUUCAUCAGGAGUGUAUUGACAUCAUGGAUCAGUACUACACUGCAGACGGUGGUGAAGACAUCCGGCGAGACGUUGCUGCUGGCGGAGAACCAUUCAUUCCGCAUGUAGAAGCUCUCGUCAACAAAGGCAAGGCAAUCUCGGUUUACGAUUACUGGCAGUUGAACAAAAAGAAGCUUGAACUGCAGAAGCGCUACCUUGACCUCUGGAACUCAACAAGGUCUGCUAAUUCUGGCAAACCAAUCGACAUCCUUCUCACACCUGUCAUGCCUCACUCUGCUGUACCUCACCGAAAAUGUAAAUGGGUUGGAUACACGAAGGUCUUCAACUUUGUCGACUAUCCGGCUGUCGUUCUGCCUGCUGGUCAAGUUUCGAAAGAUCUUGAUGGCGAAGCUGCGAAGAAGAUGAGCGAGUAUGAGCCUAGGAAUGCAAUGGACGACUGGAAUUGGCAGACGUUCGAUUUGGAUACUAUGGAUGGCAUGCCGAUUGGUGUGCAGAUCGUAGCUCGAAGACUGCAGGAGGAGAAGGCUCUAGGCGCGGCCACAGUCAUUGAUAGCAUACUGAAGAAGCGGGCCUAA